AUGGAGGAUGUGCGAUCGUGCACAUACGAAAUCUAAUAUUUUUUUUUGACUAUUGUAUAAGAACUUUUUCAUUUAAAAUGUUUUAUCAUUAUUUUUACCAUCUAAUUAUUAGUCGUUCGUAAUAAAAGUUGAUUGUAAAUACGUUUACCUUGGUCUCUAUUUAUCUUAAAAUAUAUUUCAUGCUCAUCUUGAACUUGAAACUUGAUAAAAUAUUGCUUUUAACGAUGCUCGUGCCAUUGGAAUCGGCUCUAACUUAUGAUUCUUCCAAUAUAUAUUCUUCUUUCAGGAGCUACGACGAAUGUCCCUUGAACAUAACUGUUUUGGACUUUUUAUACAAUUUCACUGUGCCUGAUUUGGAAAUAACAUGGCCAUGCGAAGCACGCUUUUAUUGGUUGUCGUUGCAACCAUUUGUUAAAUUUGUAAGAUUUUUACUCAGCUAUGGGACUCCAUUUAUUAUAAUCGUUGGCAUUAUAUUAAAUACCAUAUCCUUUGCAAUAUUGAAUACGCCAGUGUCGUCCGACUCGAGCUUAUCGUUAUAUCUAAAGGUCCUUGCUAUAUCCGACAAUGGUGCAUUAAUAUUUAAUUAUGCAGUAGGUAUAGCGAAAUCACAUUUUACAUUUGUCAAUGAUCUUUUUAUGAACAGUCAAUUUCUCUGCGACACAAAUUCCAUAACAAUGGAACUUUUUCAAUUUACGUCUACUUGGUUGGUUGUAUCGCUCACAUGGGCUCGCGUCAUAGCAAUUAUUUUCCCAUUUGGGGCACAUAAUAGUAAUCCUGAACGUUCCGCGAUUAUAAGUAUUACUACUCUGGCAUGUGUCAGCUUUGUAAUAUCGUUAACAAAGUUAUAUUCUGGAGGAUAUGAAACGGACAGUGUUUUUGAAUUUAUACCAUGUCAAAAGAAAAUCAAACCCUGGGGUAGCGCUAUGUAUUUUUAUAUAGCAUUGUCAACAUGGUUACCAUUAAUUUUUAUAUUUAUUGGCAAUGCGUUGCUAGUUGCACAUAUGAAAAAAUUGGAUACACUUCGCAGACAAUUAACCCGCAGUUUCUCUCAAAAGAUCAAUAAAACGAAUAAAACGAGCAGAACUUUACUGGCAGUCUCAAUGGUAUAUUUAAUUUUGCUAUUACCACUUGGAAUAGUUGAAACUUUAGAGCUCUACUGGGACGUGAUAUUGAUCAAAUAUCCAGAAAGGGAUAUGAAUGAAAACAAAGAUUAUAUAAAUUGGUUAGAAGAGAAAAUGUUGUUAAAGUGGUGUCGUGGACUAUUCUUUCACAUAUAUCAUUGGAAUUUUGCAAGUAAUUUCUUUUUAUAUUGUCUUACGGGGGAAAAGUUUCGAGGGGUUUUGAUAGAAAAAUUAAAGAAUUGCAAAGUCACAUUAACUUCGAAAAUAUCGCCAAAGUGUCUUCGGUGGUGCAAGUGCGACGAUCGAUUAAAAUCGAUACGAACUCCGAGUAUAUUACUUAUCAAAGUUGUCACGUUCGAUGAAUCUUCCAUUAUUGACAACAUUACUGGCCAACAUAAUAAUAAUGACGUAGCAUCGAUCACCUGAUCUUGACAAGUCGAAUUGAAAUUUUUCUAGUUCAACGAUCAAAAACUGCCAUAACUGAGAACUGAAGAUAAUUAUUUCAAUGAUUAGCUACAAAUCCAAUGUGUUCUAUUUAGAUUAAUAGUCAUAUGUAAUACAAGAUACAAGUGAUUAUUUCACGAUAUGGACAAUUUAUUUUCAUUAUUAUUUUAUUUUUACAUGAGAAAUUUCUAUACGAAUGUAGUAAAAUAUCACAAUAUAUGUCGUCAUCAUUUAAUUUUUAACAUCGAAUUAUGGAUUAUGUUGAAGAUACGUUAAUUUUACAUUAUCAUCCUAGCAGAUAUUCCUAACCUUUUUUUGUAGUAACUAAUUCGGCAAAGAAAAUUUCUGGUCCCGACGUAGAUUCCUAAACUGGAUACGUUCUUCCUUUCUUUUUUUCUCUUUUUACAUUGGAGCUACUACGAAAAAAAAAAAAAAAAAAAAAGAAAAAAAAAGAGAGAAAAAAGAAAGAAAGAAAAUGGCAAUUUCGUAUCCGUUAGAUCAUAACUUGAUAAUUUAAUACCUGAUGAUUUUAAUUAAUAUUUUCACAUCGUUUAAUUAUAUUAACAUUAUAUACCGUUGUUAUUUACUAUAUAGUUGAUUACAAUUAAUUACUUGCAGAAUAUUAUUCUUCCUGUUUUAUAUACUGAAAUAAAUAAAACAUGAAAUUCCUAAAGACUAUGUAUUCUACUCGUAUAUACCUAACUGGUAUCACUCUUUGUCUGGUAACUGAAGUAAAACAAAUUUCAUAAAUUCAAUUAUAUCAUACAGUAUGAGAGAUAA